AUGUCGGUGGCGCGCACGAUGCGCGUUCACUUCGCAAUCGACGUCGAAAACGUCUACACCAAUUACACGGUGUACGUGACGGGAAGUUCGGCGAGCCUCGGUCUCUGGAAGCCCCAAAACGCCGUUCCGUUGGUUCCCGACGCGGAAAGACCGUCAGUAUAUUCUCGAUGAAGAAGAACGAUUUUCGUGGUUUUUUUUUCGAGGGAUCACUCCAUUUUCGUGUGAAAGUAGCUUUAGGAAAGGUUAGAAAGAAAAUUUUGAUUUUUACUUUUCGAAAAGUUUUUUUUGUGAAGGGAUUUGUUGAUCUGAUUUUUUUAAAAAAAUCUGAUUUGAAAAGGAAAAAUUUCUAUUUCAGCUAUAAAUCAAGUUUUUCCAGGAUUUUCUAAAAAUUAUUUUUUUCUUGGCUUCAUUUGAUUUCUUAUAAUUUUUUUGAUUGGUAACCGAGAUUUUGGUACAUUUUUUUAUAGUUCAAUUUUUGACAGCUGUCAACAAAAACUUCAAUGAAGAAAAUAUGUAUAAAAGUGGAGAAAACAUUAAAAAAUAGAGAAAAAAGCGCCUUUUCAUUAUAGAAGUUCGAUUUUUCAUGAAAACUAAAAAUAAUAUUUCAUUUUCCAGAAACCGAUACCGCGGUUUCAUUGACACGACGGAUGAAUCGGUCAAAUUUCGCUAUUUUAUCGGCUACAUGUUGAUGUCCGAGACUGGAGAACGGCUGAUUAUUGGUGAAUUUGUAGUUAUUUUGUUGUUUGUGAUUAAUAAAAUGUUGUGUUUUGUUUUUUUGGUUUUUUUAACUUGUCCUUUUUGAUUUUUUUCUUGGGUCCUUGUAUAUUUUUCUGUAUUUUUACUAUUCAAAUAUGCAAUUUGAUCUUUUCAAUAUCAAAUAUCAGAGAGGAGAAUCGAUUAAAAUGAGCUUUUUUUGGGAUUUUUUUACUUUGAUUGGAUCUAUUUUUAAAAAGAUAGUAAAGAUUAAAUUAAUGAAAAAAAUACAACGUUUUUUUCAAGUUUUUCAAGGUUCGCAAUUGAUAGUAAUAAGUAGAUAUUUUUGGAAACUGCUUGUAAAUUUGUUCGCGUAGAGCUGUUGAAUUUUUUUAAAAAAAUUAAAAAAAUGAAUGAAAAUUAGAUUUUCAUAAUCCGCUUGUGAAAGGCUUUUUUUCAUGUUUUUCUUUGUAUUCUUCAAAUUUUCCAGACAAAUGGGAAGCUUUUUCUCUACCCGAGAUCCGUCCUUUGCAAUGUCGAAAAUCGCGACGGCCAAUGUCGAGUGAAUCAUGUCGAUCUUUUCGGUUAUUAUGGUCAGUUUCUCGAUCAAAAAAAUUGUGAAGAAAUCGGUUUUUUAAUUAUAUAGUUGAAGGAAAUCAUGAAUUUCUCGUUUUUUUCUCGGUUUUUUUCGGUAAAUUAAGCCAUUCUUGAGGAUUUUUCGGUUUUUUUCAAAAAAAUAUGCCCUUUUUUUCUGUUCAGUUUACCGUUUCAAUUAGCUUCACCUUAUUGUAAAUUUUAGUUAUUUUGAUUAUUUCAAUCGAUUUUUUUCGCUUCCGAGAAAACUUCCAGAAGUGCUAGUUUUUCAAAGAAACUAAAAAAAAAAUCGUUAGAGCAAAGUUUUCAAGUUUUCUUCUAGUUUUGAUCAAUUUUUGAGCUUUUUUUCUGUGAAACCAUGAAUUUAACACGAGAAUCUUCAUAUUUCCAUCAUCAAAAAUCAAUUUCAGCCGGCCGGAAAUGCAUAUCGGAGGGUUGGCUUCAAUACGCCGAAGAAAAUCAAAUCCUCCUUCGCCUUCACGGAAACGCCUUGAAGUUCUACAAAACUUCCAAGGAAAGGAAAAAUUGUCGCGUCAAGUUCACCCCACUGGACGUCAGGAAUAAGGUGAGAAAUGAAAAUAAAAGGUUUUUUAUUGAUCGAGUGUAAUGAAGUCUGAAAAAAACGUGUUCUUUUUCUUUUUUUGAAUCAGAAUAAAAUUUCAGAAAAAAAUCUUCAAAAAAACGCAAAAAUUUUUUUUAAAAUCCAAUUGUGAGAUAAUAAACUGAAACGGAAUAUUUUUAGUUGAAGUAUAGAAAAUUCGAAAAAAAUUAAGGUUUUUUUGACGUUUUUGAAUAUUUACAGUUUUAUAAUGUGAGUUUUUUUGCAAAGGAUUUUUUUAAAUUUUUUUAAAUUUUUUUCCCAAGUUUAGGGAUAGAAAUUUGAAUAGAAAGAUGUUUUGAAGAAAAUAUUUAAAAUCUAUUUCCUCUCCUUGUUCAGUUUGUAUGAAGAAAUAAGGGGUCCCUUGAGGGGAACCUACAGGAAACCCUAAGGUUGCAACUCUAGGGACCACUUUGAAAUUCAUAGUUUGAUUCUUUUUUCUUGUUUCAUUUACUUGAGAAACAUCUGAAGCAAUAAUGAUCCAUUUUCUUUUAAAAUAAAGAAAAAUGGGUAAAAAUGCACUGGAAGUUUGGAUGAUAGGAAGGAAUUUUGGGUUACCGAAUAUUCGGGAGCGUUAAUUGGGCAUACACCAAUCUUGUAGGCUCGAAUCUUUGAAAAUUUGAAUCUUUGCAAACGAUUCUUGGGAAUAUUUCCCUCUUUUUUGAAUUUCCUUCUUUUUUCCUACAUUUUUUUCCUUUGUCGUUUUAUUGUGAAGAUGCCGUGUUUCGACCACAAAUGAACACUGUAUGAUUUUUUUCAACUAACUUUUUAGCAAAUAAUGCGUCUUUCUCGCAUACACGUAGUCAAAUAUUCGCUGCAGAACUGCUACCACAUUUUCAUUCACUCUGUAUAUAUUCGCCAUCAACUUCUGUUAACAAAAAAACAUUGGAAAAAAAUUAUAAAAAAAUCGGAAAAGAAGUGAAUAUUCCCAAGAAUCGUUUGCAAAGAUUCAAAUUUUCAAAGAUUCGAGCCUCCAAGAUUGGUGUAUGCACAAUUAACGCUCACGAAUAUUCGGGAACCCCCAAUUCCUUCCUACCAUCGAAGUUUGAUAUGCCGUAGAGCUUUGAAGAAAAACUAAAUAACUUCAUUUAAUUGGAAAUUUUUAAUCUUGAAGGUUUAGAAGAAAUAUAUGAACUUUUUCGAAUAAUCUAGUACAUUUUUCAGCAAGCCUCUGGUGCUCGGAUCAGCUUCAACAGCGGCGAAGACGAGGAAGAAGAAGACGAGGAUUCGAAUGCGGCCCCGUGUGCACUGCCCACGCAUUCCACCACCGAUGUGGCGGUUCGUUUUUGAAUUUUAUAGGGUUCCGGACAAAUUUUAUGAAUUCAGUACAUUUUUUAAUGUUUUAAAACCAAUAAAAUCGGCCAAAAAACUUGAAAAUUGGGCAAAGUAAGGGAAAGCCUUGAAUAAAAUGGUUUAUAAAGAAGUUUCCCGCUUUUUUUGAUUUUUGGAGAAUUUAUAUCAAAUAUUAGUUCACACAGAUUUCAAGAUUUAUAUAUUUUUUUCUUCAAAUGGGAUAACUUUGUAAAUUUUUCUGGGAUAACUUUGUAAAUUUUUCAGAUUGCACAGUUUUUUUAAAAAAAUGAUAAAUUGAAGGGUUUAACAUUCCAAAAUGGACAAAAAAAUGAGAUUUUUCUAGAGUUUUUUUGGAUUUUUUUGUACGUUUUAAAAGCAGUUCUAUGAGUUCUCAGAAGCAUUUUUGAAAGGGAAUUAGGCAAAAAAAUUUUUAGAAAAAAAGUAAAUUUUAAAAAUUUUUUUCUAAUAUUUAUUUAUCUAUAUUUCUCCAUAUAAAAAAAUCUAUUUCAGAUUUUUGUCUAUAAAAAAAUUUGUCUAUAUAAAAAAAUUUCGUUUAUAUAAAAAAAUCUAUUGCAGAUUUUGUCCGACCCCAAGCCGAAAUAUCAUCGACAAGACGAAACGGGCGUCGUUUUUCAACAACAACAAGGACUACGUCGUUUUUCCGGACACAUUCGGUCGCCGUCGAGUUCUUGGUAAAAUUAUAUUUUUUUCAGCUGACGUUUUAUACCCUCCCUCCCCCCGGUUAAAAUUUCGCUGAAACUUUGCUGAAGUGUACUUUAGGACCCCCUGAUUGCAGAUCCAAAAUUUUGUCACGGAGUAAUUUUGGUUUUUGGGGCCUUUUAAUAGGCUUUUUUCGGGUUUAAGAUCUUGUUAAUGGCUAAAUUUUUGCCUUGAGGCCUUAAGAAAUUUCUUAUUCUCAUAUUUCAAGCCUUGAGAACGCAGUAGUCAGGCCUUGAAACUUAUUUUAAGAUUUCAGGCCUUCUCAAUGAACUAUUUUCGUUUUUUGAGGCAUUCUGAGUGACGUUUUACUCAUUUUUUUUUAAAAAGGACUAAUUUUUUUGUUUGAAGCUUUAAGUAAUAUCCAAUAAUGUUUUUAGGCGUAGGCCUUCUUAAUGACGUAAUUUCAUACUUUAGGUAUUGAGGCUUAUUUUCGUUCUUCAGGCCUUGAAUAAGGACUAAUUUUCGUUUUCAAUGCUUUUUAAAUGACCUUUUUUGUACUUAAGACUUUGAGAAAUGAUUAAUUUUCGUAUUUAAGGGCUUGUAAAAGACCUUCUAAUAUUUAAGGUUUUGUAAGUUACUGUUAUCCAUAUUUUAGGCCUUAAGAAAGUGCUAAUUUCUUUAUUUGCGACUUUAAGAAAUAUCUAAUAACGUUCAUAAUUUAGGCCUUCUAAAUGACGUAUUUUCAAAUUUCAGACGUGGAGAUAUAUUUUCAUCUUCCAGGCCUUUUACAUCGAAGUAUUCUCCGAGGAGAAGAAGCGAAUCGGCGCCUGCUACGCCCUCCCGUCCUCCCUUGCCGACACGGCCGGAAUCAGCCAACUUCCGUUCAUCAACUCGACCGGAAGGCCUAUCGGACAGAUCUCCCUGGAAUAUUUGUUCGUCAGGGCGUUGAACAAGCCCAUUCCUUAUCAGUCCAUGGAGGUGAUUGAAUGAAAAAAAGAUGGAGAAAAGCUUAAAGGUCUCAAAAUGGUUAUUACUCAAAAUUAUCAUUUUCAACAGAAAAGGGGAGUUUUUAGUAACCCCAGAGUGGACCCUAUAGGGGCAACCUUAAAAGCCCUUGAAGGCUCACCUCUAGAGACCACUUUUCAUUCAAAAACUCAGAAAACUAGAGUAUUUGAUCGAAAAACAUCGAUAGAGGAUUAAUCAAUCAAGUUUUGUUAAUUAAGUAUUUUCAAUUUUCGAAUCUGAACAAAGAAAAUCAAGAAAACCCCUAUAGGGACCACUUGAGCUUCGGGGACAGACCCUAAAUCACUAUAUGGACCACCUAAAUUCUAUCCCUAUAGGGACCACUUGAGCUUCAGAAGCUCAGGGGAUGGACUUCAAGCCCCUCUAGGGACCACCCAAUAUCUACCCCUGUAGGGACCACUUCAGUUUCAGGGGCUUACGAGGGCAGAUCUUAAACCACUAUAGGGGCCACUUAAGCUUCAGGGGCUUAUGGGUCAGAUCUCUAACCACUAUAGGGACCACCUAAAUUCUACCACUAUAGGGACCACUUGAGCUUCAAGGGCUUAGAGGACAGACUUUAAACUACUAUAGGGACUAUUUAAGCUUCAGGGGCUCGGGGACAGACUCUAAAUCACUAUAAGGACUACUUAAAUUCAACCCCUAUAGAGUCCACUUUUUUUCAUUUGUAGGGGGUUUUUUUCUUGACCCCUGUAGGGACCACUCUGCCGUUUUUUUAGGUUAUAAAAUAAUUUCAUUUCAGAAAAAAAAGUUUUUGUUCAAAAAAACUUUUUCAAAUUGAAAAUAGGACUUUUUAGGGUGAAAUAAAAAUUUUCUAACUGGAUUUUGAACUAAAAAAUAGAAGUUUUCUUAUGAAAAUGAACUUUUCUCUAACUAAAAACAUUUUUUUUUGACUCAAAAUAUUUCUAACUGAAUUUGAAAAAUUUGCAGACGUCCUAUUGCCGACACUGGAAAAAGCGUAACGCUUUGGAGGUCGGCCACCGCGGCGCCGGCAAUUCCUACACGAAAUUCGCGAUGGCGCGCGAAAACACCAUCCACUCACUGAAUACGGCGGCGAAAAAUGGCGCCGAUUAUGUGGAAUUCGACGUCCAGCUCACGAAAGACAAGGUGAAAAAGUAGUGUCGAAAUAAUCAAAAUGGACUUUUUUCUCGAAAACUUUUCGAAAUACGUUUCACGGAAUCUUUAAAUUGAUCAGGAGAGUGAUCAAUUUGUUCGUUCGUCUUUCUGCUCUGUCUUGAAUUUCAAAAAAUUGAGUCGUAUUUGAUAAAUUUAACAUGGAAAGGGACACUCUGGCGAGCAAAAAAGACAAAAAAAAAGUAAUAUUUAUAGGCAAAAAUUUUUUUUUUGCGGGAAACGCAACUGUAUGUGUCCUGAACGCCAUAUAGUCUAUAUUAAAAAAAGAAACAUUUUUUUUCUUCUUUAAAACAGUUUCAGGGAAUCUUCAAAUUUUUUUCAAAAAGAAUUUUUCAUUUUUGCCUCACGGGGGGUUUUUUUAAUUUUAAAUCUUUGAAAAAAAUUGCUAUAACUGAACAGAUUUUUUUAUUUCACAAAAAAAGGAAAUUCCUUGAAAAAAACUGAAGCAAUUUUUUUCUUGUUAAUAAAUAAAAGCCAACUUUUUCUCGUGUUAUUCAAAAACUUCGAUUUCAAAAAAAUUGAGCUGAGAACUUUUUUUAAAUCACACAAAAUGGCCAUUUUAGAACAAGGCUAGCUAAAAGUGGUCAAAAAAAGGGUUUUUCGAAUUUUUUUGAAGUAAAUAUAUAUUUUUUUCGCUGGAAACGCAACUUCAUGUGUCCUGAACACCAUAUAAACUUUAUUUUGAAAAAAAUAAUGUUUUUCUCUUUAAAACUGUUUCACCGAAUCUUUAAAUACGCUAUCAAAUAUCUAUCUCUUAGUGAUUUUUUUGAAUUUUUAAAUUUUGAAAAAAAUAAACUGUAACUGAAAAAUAUUUUUUUGAUUUCACAAAAAAAGGGCAUUUUUAGACGAGGAAAGCAAAAAAAGUUGACAAAAAUUUUUUUAUUUUUUUCUGAGGGAAAAAAAUGUCUUUUUUUGGCUUAUAAUUGACCGAAUGUGCCUUGAUUUAUUAUAAAAAAAUGAUCACUUUAAAUGAAAAAAAUUAUUUUUCUUCAAAACUGUUCAGAAUAAGUUCCGAGGAAUCUUUGAACACGUCGGGAAAAUGAUGUAUCUAAUUUAUUUCUAGCGAGAACGUUUUUUUCCGAUUUUUUCGAAUCAAAAACUUCAUUUUUUCGUCAAUCAUUUGACUGAAUGUGCCUUGAGCGCCACAGAUUUUAUCAUUCAAAAAAUGAUUACUUGAAAAAAGAAAUUUUUCUUAAACCUUUCAACACUGUUUCACGGAAUCUUUAACUGCCUCAGGAGUGAUCAAUUCGUGAUACUGCUAUCAAUGAUCUAAAAAACUGAUCUAAAGAUUUUUGAUUACACUAAUAAGGGCGUUUCCAGAGCAAUGAAAGCCAAAGAGAAACUUUUUUCCUCUGAGUGGAUUUUAGCUCCUAAAGGGACCACCUAAAAUUCAGCCCCGUAGGGAGCAGUAAUUUGUCUACUAUAGGGGUUUUUCUCUCACCUCUCUAGGGGCCAUUAGUUUGUCCCACAUAAGGAAUUUUUUCUUUUAUUCAACCCCUCUAUUUUUUCCCCCUAUAGGGGUUUUUCCGCCACCUUCAUCAGGGACCACUAUUUAUUCCCCUAGAAAGGUUUUUUUCCCCUAAUCCUUCUAUGGACCCCUCAACUGUUCCCCAUAGGAGAUGCGCUUUCAAACCCUCUAGGGACCACUAAAAUGUCCCUAAAAUGGUUGCUUUUUUUCCUGACCCCUCGGGGGACCGCUAAGCUAUAAAGUCGUCUUUUGGUCCCAUUUUUUCUUCAAAAAUCCUUUUUUUCCACUGACAAGGAGCAGAUAUCCCCCCAAAGAGAAACUUUUUUCCCCUUGCAAAAAGAGUUUUUUUGAGCAAACGGAAUAAAAGGUAGCAACAAAAAAAUUUAUUUGGUCACUAGAAACUCGACCGAACUUGUCCUGAACAUCACGUAGCCGUUAUUAUGAAAAAAAACAAUUUUCUUCAAAACUCAACACUGUUUCAAGGAACCUUUAAAUACGUCAGAAGACGUCAAUUCGUAAUAUUCGCACUAUGAAAUCCAAAAAAAGAUUUAAAUAUUUUUUUAAUUACACUAAUAAAGGCGUUUCCAGAACAGGACUAGAAAAAAACGUCUUUUUUUCAGUUUUUUUCGCUAAUAACUUGACCGAAUUGGUCAUAAACACCACGUAAAUCGUCAAAAAAAUUAAAAAUUCCGUCAAUAAUUUUUUUAAUGAAUCUUCAAAAAGAAAAUUUCAUUCCAAACCGAUAAAAAAAAUAUUAUAUGGUGUGAAGAUUCUUCAAUUGUCCUGAUGAUGAAAAAAAUCAUUCAAAAAAUGUUUACAGGUCGCCAUAAUUUACCACGAUUUCCACGUGCUCGUUUCCGUGGCCCGACGGGGAUUAUCGAGCUCGGAUCUGACGAAAUUGGCCUCCGGAAAUGAAUCCUAUGACGGCUCUUUGGACUUCCACGAGCUUCCCGUGAAGGAUCUGAAGCUCUCGCAGAUGAAAUUGCUCAUGGUAAGGGGUCAAAAUUGGGAAUAAAAGGGAUAAAAACUUUGAAAGGGAUUUGAUGGUAGUUUAUGGGUGGAAAGAGACAAUAUUAGUAGAAAUUCCUAUUUUUGAGAGCCUUUUUUUGUAAAUUAUGUGAAAACUGGGUUAAUAAAACGAAAAAUCAACUUUUUGCAGUGGUUUUUUUGACAUCGCAAAUAGAAAAAUGUAAAAUAAGCUUCAAAAGCGGUACUUUACAGGUAGAAAGAAAAUAUAUUUUUGAAAAAUCUCGAGUUCUGGGAAGCUUAUUGAAGGGUUACAUGCGAAAUUGAGGUUAAAAAAGAGGAAAAAUCAGCUUUAAAAGUAGCUUUAUACGUACUUUACCGUCAGGAAGAGAUAGAUUUUGACAAAAUUACAUUUUUUUGUAACGCUUUUUGAAUUGUUUCAUUUGAAAAUUCAGUAAUGACUGUUCAAAAAAAUGGGGGCAGAAAGUUCAAUAAAACCAAACUUUUUUUGAUCAGAUUAAAAUCUGAGAAAAAAACAUCGAAAAACUGCGUCAAGUGCGCUCUACGGACAAUUUUUUAAAAAAAUUAUGAAUUUUAUGUGAAAUUCGAGCUUGAAUACAAAAAAAUCUCAAUACAAAAUUUGUGCUUACGUGUUAAUAAUUUCGAUUUUUCUGGACUUAUUUUUCUAUGAAAUGUUAUAAAAUAUUUAAUUUUAUGACUCAAAGUUCUUGGGACAGUUUUUCAGUGGAUUUGUGGCAAUCAAAGCAGAAUUUUUUCUAAAUUUAUUCGAAAAAAACGUACAAAUAUUGUGAAAUUUCGCUUUUUUAAACAUUUCUGUCAAGUUUUCUUCUUCAAGAAGGCUAAUUUUCGGUUUUUCUUUCGAAGUAAUGUUUUUUAACAGUUCUAAUCUUUAGCUAGACCAUCAGCCUUUCAGAAGACAGUUAAUAUUUCUGUACUUCUUUUUUUCUAGUUAUUCCUCUCAUAAAGUUACUUUUUCACUAACUUUUUCCUUUCAAGAAUGGCGGAUUUUUUUAAAACUUUUUUUAAAAAAAUUUUUCUUAUUCAAGCUCAAAAAAAGUUUUUUUAUAAUGCUCGUCAUUUAUUAAAUUUCUUCCUAACUGUUCCAAUUUCCAGCUGGACCACCUGGCUUUCCCCCAAAAGAAGGACAACGUGAAGAAAUUGGUGGAAAGGGGCGAGGAGGAGGAAGAUUUCAAGCCUUUUCCAACGCUCAUGGAAGCUUUAGUGAAGGUAUUUUGGAACCAGAAGAAAAAACCAAAAAAAAAUAUUUUAAGGUUGAUCCCGACGUCGGUUUCAACGUGGAAGUCAAGUAUCCCAUGAUGCAAAAUGUUGGAAAUAUUUAUCGAUUUUUAAAAGUUGAUUCUGAUGGUUUCAGAAUGGGGAACACGAAUGUGAUCAUUAUUUUGAGCGAAACGAGUUCGUCGACAUUAUCCUGGCCGACGUUCUGAACAACGCCGGCAACAGGAGGAUCAUGUUCAGCAGCUUCGAUCCGGAUAUCUGCUCCUUGUGAGUGGAAAAAAUGGGACCAAAAGUCGACCCUUUGAGGGGUCAGGAGAAAAAGCAACCAUUUUAGGGACAUUAUAGUGUUCCCUAGAGGGGUGAGAAAAAAGAACGGAUUUUAAGGGGACCCAAUAGUGGGCGAGAGGAUUAGAAAAAAACAUCUCUUAGUGGGAAAAUUUUGGUGGUCCCUAGAGGGAUAAGAAGAGAAAAAAACCUUUAUAGGGGACCAAAUAGUGGGCCCUAGAGGGGUUAAAAAACACAUCUCUUAGGGGGAAAAAUUUGGUGGUCUCUAGAGGGAUUAGGAAAAAAAAACCGUUAUAGGGAACCAAAUACUGAUCCCUAGAGGAAUAAGAAAAGAAAAAAAACCUUUAUAGGGGACCAAAUAGUGGUCCCUAGAGGGGCUAGAAAACAAAGCUUUUAGUAUUUUUUGUUUUAGGUAUCCUAAAGAGAAAUAUAGUUCAAUUUUGAAAAGUUUAUUGUCUAACCCAAUUUUUAUAUGAAAAUUAUUUUCAUUUCGUCAAUAAGGCACUUUUUCGAAAGAUAUUUUAGAAGAAUAGUAUUUUCAUGAACAGGAAACUUGAUAAAAAUCUGCACAGUGCGCAAAAAUUUUGAAUUGGCGCCAAAACCGCACGUGAAAAAGCACUUUGCCGUUUCAAGUCGAGAACAAGAAAACUUCUUGGCUUUAUUGAUAUUUGGCAAUUGUGGGCCUUAAAAAAACAGUUUUUUUCGAACAUCGAGUUGAAAUUUGAGUUUCUCCUAACUUUCUGUUUCAGAAAUUUCAUUAAAAAAAUAAAAAAAUAAUAUGGGCUUAUGCGAUUUGCUUCAGUAUCUUCGAAAAACUGAAAGUCACUUUUUUAGAACCUUUUUCGUACUUCAUAUACCUUGAAAAUUUAAUUUUUUUACGAAUAUACAAGAAAAAUUUAUACUCUUUUAAAAGAUUAUCUUUAAUAAAACCCAGAAAAAUUUUUUUUUUUCAAAAAUGAUGGGGACUUUUUUUCGAAAAUAAAGGGUUUGAAUACUUUUUCUUGAAGUUUACGUGAAGUUAUACUAUUAUGAUUUUUAAGAAACCUUUUUUCAGGGUGGCUACAAAACAAAAUAAAUAUCCAGUUUUCUUCCUCUGCGUUGGAGAUACCCAACGUUACACACCUUUCCAGGUAAAUUUAAUUCAAAAAUAAUGAAAAAAAAAAUUGGGUUUUUCUAGGACCAAAGAACGUCAACAUCAAUGACGGCCGUGAAUUUCGCUGCUGGAGCCGAUCUUUUGGUAAGUUGUGAGGGGCGAGAAAAGUUGAUUUAUGGCCGCAUUGAAAAUGGUUCACUAUGUGUAGCGGUUGAAAAAUGAAGUUUCGUCAUCAAUUUUAUGUGUUUUUUCUGCGCCCGACUGCAAAAAGCUUGCGCGUCUUGGUAUAGAAUAAGCUUGAGAUUUCAAUUUUGAGCAAUUUUAAGAUAAUUCGUUAUUACCCAUAUUUUGCGUUUUCAAGCAAAGUUUCAAUAUUUUUUUUUUACGAAUUUUCGAAGAGUUUGGAGUCCUUGUAGUUUUUCCUAUAUAGAAAAAUCCCGUUUCAAAAAUUUUUGCAUUUUUUGUUCUCAUCCUGUUGAAAAUUGAUCUCGGAAGGCUCUGUAGUUGUUUGAUCUUGCUCCCGACUUGAAACGGCUUGCGCGCUUUGGUAGUUUUCUGAGCGAAUUGGAAAAAAAGAUGAAUUUCUAGCCGCGACGCGACUGCAACGCCUUUCAAUCAUUCCUUUUGCGACCCAUAAAAUCAGGCCAUUGAAGUUUAAGAAGAUUUUGAAGCUUUUAGCUUUAUAAAAAAAGAAAAUCCUUACUUUUUUGAAGUCAAAAAUGUUCAGGGAGUCAAUUUCAAUUCGGAAGAUCUGCUGAAAGAUCCCCUUCCCGUCAAAAGAGCCAAUGAACUCGGCCUGGUGACGUUCGUCUGGGGCGAGGACCUCGACAAAAAAGAAAAUAUCAAUUAUUUCAAGAAGGAACUUGGCGUCGACGGCGUCAUCUAUGAUAGGUUUUGCAAGAAAAAAGGAGAAAGAUUUCAAAAAGUGAUGCAGAAUCGGCGAGGAAGAACGGCGGCGCAACGUUUUCAUCGUGGAAAGGGAGCAAAAACGGGCUUUGUUGAGUUCUUCAGGCGCCAGUACUCCCCAAAGGUCCGAAAAAUCGAUAAUCAAUCAAUAGAUCGAUAAUUUUGAAGGGCCCCGUCGCCGGUCGAAGCCCACACACACAACCACGGGAAUUUGUCCCCGUCCAUCAAUGGGAAUUAUAAAAAAUCCUCGUCGGACCCUGUCCUGAAGGAGGAGGAUGAAGAUGAGAUUACGGUACGUUUUUAGCAGGUUACUGUAGUUUUUUCUGAUUUUUAGAGCUUCUGCGGGAACAAAAUGAAGCCAGAAUGUAAAAUUAGGACUAAGGUUACGAUAGCUUUAUUUUCAGGGUUUCUGUAGCUUUUUUUUUGUUGUUUAGAACUUAUGAUGAACAUAGAGCGAGUUCAGAAAGUAAAAAUAUUGCUGGGGUUAUGGUAGAUUUUUUUUUUUUUCGGUUAUUGUAGUCUUUUAAAAAUGUUUUUAGAGCUUCUGAUGGACAUGAGAUGAAUUCAAAAAGUAAAUAUAUUACUGGGCUACGGUUGAUUUUUUUUUUUGGGUUACGGUAGUCUGUUAAAAAUGUUUUUAGAGCUUCUGAUAAGCUUAGAAUGAGUUAAGAAAGUAAAUUUGUUUGCUAAGGUUACGGUAGAUUUUUCGGAUUACUGUAGUUUUUUUUCCGAUUUUCAGAAUUUAAGAAUGACAUUAAGACUUUAUUGGUGUGAAAUUCUGGGAUAAAAUUAUUCAUUCUGAGGAUUACGUAGCUUUUUUUUCGAUGUUACUGUAGUUUAAAAGGAUUGUCAGCUUUUCAAUUUUUAAGGUUCUACUUCGAGAUUUAAAGACAAAAUUAACUUCAAAAAUGAACAGAAAUAAUUUUCAAGGGCACUGAGGAAUACUGUGGCUUCUUGGGUUACUGUAGUUUCCCACAGAUUCAUUUUUCUAUGGAAUGUAGUGAUAGUUUCUAGUUCUCCAGUUUUUCUCUAUUUUUUUGAAUUACAAUAGUUUUUUUUGUGGGUUACUGUAGUCAGUGAAAGUUCAAAGUUUAGUCUUUAUAUACUUUCACAGUAACUUUUUUCUACUUAUUUCAGAAUCAAUCUUAAUUUUGUAGUUUUAAAACACAAUUUCAGCUCUCUAGUCAAGACUAAACAUUGAAAAGCUUCGAAAUGGAAAAAUAUAUUUUUAAUCUGUUUCAAAGCUGAAAUUUCCAGAAAAUCACCGUCGACGCGGACAAGAUUGCACUACAGCCGUUCAAUGGCAUCGCGCCAAGAUUUCAGUUGACCCAAAUUUGA